AUGUCUCACAAUGUUGAUGCUCGAAAUUUAGAAUCCACAUCAAACUUAACGUCGACCCAAACUACGAAGCUUGAAUCUUCUCGAAGAAAUGUUGACUUACAAAGUACAACUAAAAGAUUGCAGACUGAGCUAAUGCAGCUCAUGACUUGUUCGGCGCCUGGCAUCUCAGCAUUUCCUUCAGCUGACGGAAACCUCAUGUCCUGGACCGCUACUAUCGAGGGUCCUGAGGAUACACCAUACUUUGGGCUAACAUUUAAGCUAAACUUUAAUUUCCCUUCCAAUUAUCCUUAUUCCGCACCGACAGUCACCUUCAAAACACCUAUCUAUCAUCCAAAUGUUGAUUUUUCAGGACGCAUCUGUCUUGAUAUAUUAAAAGAUCAGUGGACUGCUGCAUACAACAUCCAAACCAUCUUAUUAAGUUUACAAAGUUUAUUAGGAGAACCAAACAACUCAUCUCCACUGAACGGAGAAGCUGCAGAUCUAUGGGAUAAAAAUCCAGAGUUGUUCAAAAAAAAAGUUCUCGGAAGACACCAGGAUAUUGAUGAUGAAUAA